AUGGCGGAAGACGCCGAUAUGCGCAAUGAGUUGGAAGAAAUGCAGCGGCGUGCCGACCAACUUGCUGAUGAAUCCCUUGAGAGCACCCGUCGAAUGCUGCAGCUUGUUGAAGAGAGUAAAGAUGCUGGUAUCAGGACUUUGGUUAUGUUGGAUGAGCAAGGAGAACAACUGGAACGCAUCGAAGAGGGAAUGGACCAAAUCAAUAAGGACAUGAAAGAAGCAGAAAAGAAUUUGACGGACCUAGGAAAAUUCUGUGGUCUUUGUGUCUGUCCAUGUAACAAGCUUAAAUCAAGUGAUGCUUACAAAAAAGCCUGGGGCAAUAAUCAGGAUGGUGUUGUAGCCAGCCAGCCUGCACGUGUCGUAGAUGAACGGGAGCAGAUGGCCAUCAGUGGUGGCUUUAUCCGCAGGGUAACAAAUGAUGCCCGGGAAAAUGAAAUGGAUGAGAACCUCGAGCAGGUCAGCGGCAUCAUUGGCAACUUACGUCACAUGGCCCUGGACAUGGGCAACGAGAUCGACACACAGAAUCGCCAGAUUGACAGGAUCAUGGAGAAGGCUGAUUCCAACAAAACCAGGAUUGAUGAAGCCAACCAGCGUGCAACAAAGAUGCUGGGCAGUGGUUAA